AUGAUAAAAUCACUUGGAAGAAGAAUUAUGCCCUCAAUUAAACAAUUUUCUACCUCCUCCUUAAAGGGGGACCUCUACAGAUACCAGAAGGACUUGCCCAAACUUCCGGUUCCUACCUUGGACGAGACUGCCGCAAAGUACCUUUUGUCCGUUCAACCAUUAUUGACGGAAGAACAAUUUAAGGCUACUAGUGAAAAAGUUAAUGAUUUCGUUAGCGCCGGUGGAAUCGGGCCAAUACUUCAAGAACGUCUUGAGAAUUUUGCCGCUAACCCUAAAGUAGACAACUGGCUUGCUGAAUCUUGGGAUGACUAUGCAUACAUGGGAUAUAGAGACCCUGUUGUUCCUUAUGUAUCGUACUUCUUUUCCCAUAAAGAUGUUAACAAUCUAAUUGGAAAGGACCAAUUGUUGAAGGCUACUUUAAUCUCUUACUACGCCACUCAAUUUUUGGUGGAUGUUCAAAAUGAAACAUUGGAGCCAGAGAUCAUUAAGGGUAACCCAUACUGUAUGAAUGCUUUCAGAUUCAUGUUCAAUAAUGCUAGAGUGCCCCAUGAAGUUAACGACAUUACCAACAGUUAUGAUGGAACCAAGCAUCGUUACUUUGUCGCAAUUAUAAAUAACCACUAUUACAAGAUUUAUCACCACAACAAGAAUGAUGACACUCCUUUGACCAAAGCACAAUUGUACAAGCAAUUUGAGUUCAUUUUGAAUGAUGUCACCAAGCGUGGUAAAGCUGCUCCAAUUGGUGCAUUGACUUCAUUGAAUAGAGAUGAGUGGUUAAGUUCCUACACACAGUUGUUGAAAUCUCCAUCCAGUGCUGCUUCGAUCGAAGCUAUAGAAGCAUCUUCUUUCAUUGUUUGUUUAGAUUCCAACUCUCCUAUUACAAUCAAGGAGAAGUCUGCCAACUGUUGGCACGGUAACGGUCAAAAUAGAUAUUUUGACAAACCAUUGGAAUUUCUCGUUGGUGCUAAUGGUAAUUCCGGAUUUAUUGGAGAACAUUCCAGGAUGGAUGCUACUCCAACUGUCCAGUUAAACAACUAUAUCCUUGAUAAAAUUAACAAGGAAUCUCCUAAGGAUUUAAUUGCAGAGAUUGAAGGGUUAAACGUUAAUGUGAGAGAAUUACCAGUUACUCUGAUCCCAUCUGUUUUACCAUUUGAUAUCAAUCCAUACGUUAGAAGUGAAAUUGAAAGUGCUGUUGUUAAAUUCAACAAGACCAUUGAAUCUCAUGAUGAAGAAGUUUUCCAAUACCAAGGCUAUGGUAAGAACUUGAUUAAACAAUUCAAGGUUUCCCCAGAUGCUUACGUACAGAUGCUUAUGCAAUUGUCUUAUUACAAGACUACAGGAAAGAUUAGACCAACUUAUGAAAGUGCCGCAACGAGAAAGUUUUUGAAAGGUAGAACUGAAACUGGUAGAUCCGUCUCCAAUGAAUCCAAGAAGUUUGUUGAAACUUGGACCGACUUUAACAGUACCAACGAAGAGAAGAUUGCUACCUUCCAAGCUGCUUGUAAACAACACGUUAAGUACUUGGGAGAAGCAGCCAAUGGUAAGGGUGUUGACCGUCACUUCCUUGGUUUAAAAAAUAUGUUGCAACCAGGUGAAGAAGUUCCAGCUAUCUUCUCAGAUCCUGUUUUUAGUUAUAGUGCUACUUGGUACCUUUCCACAUCUCAAAUUCCUAGUGAAUAUUUCCAAAGUUGGGGAUUUUCUCAAGUUAUCGAUGAUGGAUAUGGAUUAGCCUACAUGAUUAACAGUGAUUGGUUACAUGUUCACAUCAGUUGUAAGAAGAAUAAUGGCUUGAGAAGUGAUGUUUUGAAGUACUACUUAACUGAAACUGCUAACGAAAUGAGAGACAUAUUAAAGACCAGCUUGCCACCAAAGGCCAAGUUGUAG